CAAAAGUACAUAAAGCCGGGUUGGCGCGCGAACCAAAUGUUGUUCUACAUCCCGCCGCUACAUCCCGCCGCCACAUCCCGCCGCUACAUCCUACCGCUACAUCCCGCCGCUACACCCCGCCGCUACGCUCGCAAUGAAGUCCUCUUUCACAGCCGCCGCCGCCGCCGCCACCGCCGCCGCCCUCAUCUCGGCCCCUCUCGCCUUUGCGGCUCCCACAGCGCCUCCAAGCUACGACAACAAGGUCGUCUGCAAUGAGCGUCUCUCUGGCGGUGGUCUUCUUCACGCCCUAGGCGCCACUGUUGACAAGCCGCUGUCCACCGCUGGCGACUCUUUGCUCCUCAAAGUGAACCCUGUUGCGCAAAACUUUACUCACUACGAGUGCUCAGCGCCCGGCUUUACGGGUCCCGUCAAUUCAUUCUACGGUCUCGUCAAACCUGCAGGGGAUGGUGUGAACGGCACCAAAUGUUUGGGUGCCAUCAGUGUCAGCGGCGACUCUCGCCUGCGACUUCAAGAGUGCCCUCGGCGGGCUGGCCCUUACCUCUCGCAGUUCUGGUUCGAACGCGGGGAUGACAAUUUGCAACUCGUCGGCAAGCCUGACAAGGAGGGCAAGGUGGACGCCAAGGUUGCCAGGAGAAGCAUCGCCUUUCAGGGCGACAUUGCCAUCGCCACAAACAAGGACUACGCCAAGCUUCCCCAACUCGUCCUUUACGACGACUAGCGCCGUUCGAGCGCGAGCGCACCUAGCGAGCAAGAAGCGCCGAUCGAGCGCACCUAGCGAGCAAGAAGCGCCGUCCUCACAGACCGCCGAGACGAUGUAUUGUCGCAACCAU